CGAACGAUUUUAUGGUCUCUCCGCUCAUCAUUCCUCGGCAAGCACCGCGUCGCCUUCCGACGGGAGUUGAAAGCACAGUUGAAUGUGCUUUCGACAAACGUCGGCAGAUGACUGAGCACUUGCAAAAGAGAAUCAGAGUGAUCUAUCCUACACGUACUUAACACGUACACACACAGCAUCCCUGCCACUAUCAACCUAUCACACCUCACCACCCCUCCCCGGCCUCUGCCUCCCCUCAGCCACAUCUGCUAUGAACACACACACUCUUCUCAGCGCCUCCCUCGCCUCGGGGACAACAGAUGCCCACAUCUCCAUAGAGUGCCAGCCCCUCCGGUUCUCAUGAAGCGUUGAAACAGCCGGGCCGCUCGCCGAGUAGGACAGUCUGCGGUGCAGCUGCCGCUGCCGUCUUCGCCAGAUAUCCAGGAACGAAUGGGCGUCGCUCCUCGACCAGUCGUCCUCACCCACAGACACAUACAGGGGGGUGGAAUACGUGUUGGGUGGCAGUGCUGUGGCCCGCCAGAGGGUGGGGCUUGCGUCGACAACACUCAUGCCAGACGAGGGGAGCAGCCAGGAGUCGGUGGCGUUGCCCUUCAGCACCCUCUCCACAUCCACGUAUGCACCGUCCCGCAGUGAGUGGCCGUGGCACGUGCAGUCCAUGCACUCGUGAUAGGAAUCACCUGGGUCAGAUCACAAAUGCACAUAAGAGUAUAAUGUGAUGUGUGUGUGUGUGUGUGUGAUUGUCUUGCCUGAACAUGAGAGGUCCAGCCACGGGGAAACGAGCGCGAUGCCGCUGGGAUGACAUCCGUCGCCGUGACGAAGUAACUGCAACGCGAGGUUGCCACCUGAGCCAUUGCCGACGAGAAUGAUGGCCUUGCCGUCGCCGCCCACGAGGUCGAUUAGUUCUCUGUGUGCCUCGACCACGGCAUCAACCAUCUCCUGGAAAGUGGCAUUGUAUGCCAGCGGGUAAGAAGGCGAGAACACUGACAGCCGCUGGAUGCCACACCUACCACACACCCGAACGCACAUAUGAGUGCGAAUGGCUACUUUGUCAUUGUCCCUCACCAUCUUCGUUUCCGUCGUCUCCUCAGCUCCCUGUGCGUCCCUCUCGCCAACUCCAAGACAAAGCUCUCCUCCCUCCGACUGUGCCGGACAUCGCCACUCAGGAACUCACCGCCAUGCAGAUACAGCAGCACCAUCGCAUCAUCCCCACACUCGCCCGCAGGGCUCUCCCCCUCCCCCUGUGUGUCAUUGGCGCCGUUGCUGCUCUCCAGUGCGCCAAUGGCCGCCUUGCCCUGUCUCCUCCGUUUUCUCCUACGCCCAUAUCGUCUUGGCAAGGGCAGUGACAUCGGCAGGUCGUCGACAGAGAAGAACCACCAGUCGCCAGGUGACUUCAUGGCUGUGUCUGCGGCAUCGAUGCGCCGAAUGCCGCCGUAGCAGGGCCGCGGAUGCAGGCAGAAGUCGCUCAGCUUGUCGUUGCUCUCGGCCUCCUGCACCGCUGCGCUGAUGUCUAUCGCAGAUGAGUUUUCGCAUCGCUCCAGGAAGUCGUCCCUAACGACAAAUAGACGUCUUCGCGCCAGCCUGAGCUGUCGGGAGAGCAGUUUCCCAUCCUCUUUGCGCGUGAGAUCCGCAUCCAGGUAGUCCGCUCCCUUGUCGCCGACCAACAAACUGCACACAACACAUAGAAGGACUCAGCAAAGCGAUGAGUGAAUGGAUGAAUAUAUGCCUCCGAUGGGUGCAGCUAUGUGUCCAUGCCUGAUGUAGAAGAGGAAGGAUGCCAGCUUCCUGAGAGUGAGGUCUGCCUUCUUCUUUGCCACUUUUGUCCACAUCAGCAUGAGUAAAGCAGCCAAGGACGGUGCGCCGAGCUUCUGUGCAACAACAGAAACCUGCAUUUCUCAAAGAUCUUUC